GUUCAUUCCACCUCCCUCCAGAUAGGUCGUACCUUCUCUCCUCGCAAAAAAGAACUGUGGAACAGCUGGGAUUUCUGCCUGGUUUUUCCAACUUUUUUCAUCGACGGUCAGAAGAAAGUCUGUCUCGAUUUUCUUUGAGAAAACUUUUCACCUCUUUUCCAGAAAUCUUUCUGGCAAGCUUUGUUGUGUGUUGAAAUAUUGGUCGGAUCGACCCAUUCACUGCUCACUGUCUUCUAUCCAAUCUCACCCACUCAGCAACGCGCAAUAGACGCGUCCAUCUUCCAGUCUCCAACACGACAGAGAAAAGGAAGCGAUUGGGAAGCUAUUCUGCAGCGAUUCGACACGUUUUCUGCUUUGAAUAGAGGAUCUCAACAAUCUCAGCAAUCCUAACAGAAUCGGCUUGAUCACUGAAAGUCGGUCAAGAUGUCUGGUUAUCGUGUUGAGAGAGCCACUACCGGCCGUGCCGGGUGCAAAGACCCCGUCUGCAAGAAGGAAAACAUCAAGAUUGAAAAGGGCCAGCUCCGGUUUGGAGUCUGGGUGACCAUCAUGGAGCAUGGGAGCUGGGCCUGGCGUCAUUGGGGCUGCGUCUCUGGUGAGACCAUCUCCAACUUGCAGGAGUAUCUCAGCAAGGACAAGAACGGUGAAUACAACUGGGAUAUGCUUGAUGGCUGGGAGGAGUUGGAGGAGUACCCUGAUUUGAGGCAGAAGGUCCAGAGGGUUCUUAACCAGGGACAUAUCGAUGCUGAGGAUUUCAAUGGCGACCCCGAAUUCAACGUACCUGGACAGAAGGGAAUUCGCCCGCGUCAGCCCCGGAAGAAGAAGAACGCUGAGGAAGAGGAGGGCAAUGGAGCUGAGGCUGCAGAGACUCCUGCCAAGAAGCGUGCUGCUAAGCGUGGCCGCAAGAAGGCUGAUGAAGACGAAGCUGAGGCUGAAGCCGAGACCGAGGCUCCUGUUGCGAAGAAGGCUAAACGUGGUGGCAAGAAGGCUGCUGCUGCUGCUGUUGAAGACGAGGAUCAAGUUUUGGCUGAUGCUGAGCCGGCUGAGGAGCAAGAGAAACCCAAGAAGAAGGCUGCUCGUGGCAAGAAGGCUGUUGCUGCUGUUAAGGAAGAGGACGAAGAGGAAGCUGCGCAGCCCAAGAGAAGAGGUGCUGCUCGUGGCAAGAAGGCGGCGCCUGUUUACAAGGAGGAGGAGGAGGAAGAGGAGGAGCAAGACGAGGAUGAAAUUGUUGAGAAGCCCAAGCGUGUUGCCCCUGCCAAACGUGGAGCUAAGGGGAAACAGGCAAAGGAGCCUGAGCCGCAAGCUGAGCCAGAGUCCGAGGCGACACCCGAGGAGGACGAGGAGGAGGUUGUCGAGAAGCCGAAGCGUGCUGCUCCUGCCAAGCGUGGAGCUCGGGGCAAGAAGGCGAAGGAUGCCGAGCCUGAGCCUGAGGUUGAGGCCGAUGCGGAGGUUGAUGCUGCGCCGGAGGAGGCCGAGGUUGAGGGGAAGGUCGCUCCCAAGAAGCGAGGAGGCCGGAAGCCCAAGGCCAAGGCUGCCGAUGCCGAUGGUGAAGCUGCUCCUGCCCCAAAGAAACGUGGUAGAAAGGCGGCUGCCUAGAGUUGAUGUACUCAACACACUUUACCCGUCGUCAACACUUGAUAUGUUUUUUUUUUGGCGAGGCAGGUAGUGGACUUUUCUUGUUGGCACAAUUUGCUGGGUUCAUUUUUUUUUCUUUUUCACGAUGAGCUCUUCAAUGCGAUGAUAUAUGGCUUUGGCCCCUCAGAGGAGGAGCUAUGGUUGCCACUACAGCACCGGCCGCCGGAUUUUAUUCAAAGCAGGAAGAGCACACAGAAUUUGGCGGCGGCAUAAUACCUGGGUGGGUGUAUCAUACUGUUUUUUUUUCCUACUUUUUUUCUUGUCAGAGUAACCCAUAUUUUUCCAUAGGAGGAAAUACAUUGUGAUCGUCUGCAA